UACUGUGAUGCAAGUGAGACUGCUUCAAAUAAAACAACUCCAAGCUUUCAAGAAACAGUUAAGAAGGCAGAGACAAGCAGAAAUACCCUUCACUAACACUCACACGGUUGCCAUGGACCUGCAUAAGCAAUGGGAGAACACAGAGACUGACUGGCACAAGGAAAAGAUGGAAUUACUGGACCAGUUUGACAGUGAAAGAAAGGAAUGGGAGAGUCAAUGGAAAAUCAUGCAGAAGAAGAUAGAAGAGCUUUGCCAUGAAGUAAAGCUUCGGAGGAAAAUCAACAUGAAUGAACGUGCUAAGAUCCUUGAUCAUGAUCGUGAGAAAGCGAUUCAAGAUAAAGCGGUGGAAACUUCUCCAAAUUACCCCAAUUCAGGACAGUGCAAAUUUACAGGGAUGAAUCACAGGGAUGGUCUGGAAAAAGAAAAUAAAACAGAGCAGAGCUUACUCCAUGAAGGAAAUCAAAUGUGUAAGGAACAAAAAGCAUCAAAAAAAUCAAAAGUAGGGUUUAUGGAUCCUUUGGCCACAGAUAACCAAAAAGCAUGUGAGGCCUGCCCUGGCCUGAAGACUUCCAAGGUAGAGGGCACGAGCUGUUCUGGAGCCCUUAACACAGCUCUGGAGGAACUUGCCAAAGUUAGUGAAGAAUUAUGCAGCUUUCAAGAGGAAAUCCGAAAGCGGUCUAACCACAGAAGAAUGAAGUCAGAUUCUUUUCUUCAGGAAAUGCCAAAUGUAAUUCAUAUGCCUCACAGAGACCACAUGAUCACUGAUGGCCAGGGCAUUCUUCCAAUCGAUUUAGAAAAAGAAAAGCAGAAAAAUACAAAGAAUCUGAGCUGUUCCAAUGUGCUGCAAAACAAUUCUAUGAAAAAAUGUGAAUUUGAUACAACUGAUCUGCAAAGAAAUGAAAUUCCACCAGUUCCUCCUCCAAGAAGCACAUCUCGAAAUUUUCCCAGCUCAUAUUCUGAACAAGCUCGGGAAAGUUUGAAGGAAAGUUUAGAACACAACAGCCACGUGGCCCAAGAGGGACAAGGUGAAAGGGACUGCAGUCCUGAUUUCCUUUUGAGGCACAAGGAGAUGCCUAUGCUGUGUCUAAAUGAAAGGAAGACUUUGAAAGAUGGUACCAUGUUCCCUUCAUUGGCACCCAAAACCAAAAUAGAUAACCAGCAUGCAUGUGAUGAAAAUGUUGGACUUAGCAUGUGGUCAUAUGACACAGGGAUCAGUGCAAAAAAUAGUCCCUCUACAUUGUGGUUUCAGAAAACGUGCUUUACUCCCAAAAAGGCAAAAUGUGAAAAGGUGAUUCCAGAUCAUCCUGCUAAAUCUCAUCCUCUUCUUCGUGUAAGCAGUGACUAUAGCUCCUCAGCGACAGAGAGCAAUGGGUCACUUAGAAGUUUCGGUUGUGGCUUUAAGAGGACAACUAGGAAUGAAAAGCUGGCAGCAAAGACUGAUGAAUUUAACAGAAUUGUAUUUAGAACAGAUAGAAAUUGUCAGGCAAUACAGCAAAAUCAAAGCUACUCAGAAUCAUCUGAAGAUCUUAAGUCCUGUGAUACCUUAAUUACUCAUACAGGUAACAUAUCAGAAAAUGACAAUGUGUCUGAUGUUCUGAAAACUAGUGCCCACGUGCCCAUGCCCAGAGAAAAUGUGCCUGAUAAUCCCACCAAAAAAACCACAACAGGUCUCAUCAGACAAAUGCAGGAACACAUGAGUCCUAGCAGUUAUCGGAGUAUGCUCCAAGAGCAUGACUGGAGACCAAGUAAUUUGUCUGGCCGGCCAAGAUCAGCUGAUCCUAGGUCAAAUUAUGGUGUUGUGGAAAAGCUGCUGAAAACCUAUGAGACGUCAACAGGGCCCACACUGCAAAAUUCUCAAUGCUUCCAGGAUAAUUGGACCAGAUGUAAUUCUGAUGUCAGUGGUGGGUCCACAUUAAGUCAGCAUUUAGAAAUACUUCAAUUAGAACAAGAGCUUCAGCAAAAGACAACUAUGUGUGGAGCACAGCAAGUUAAACGACGAGCAGAUUGGAAAAAGGUAACAGAGGAAUCCAUGGCAAUGAAAUCUUCACCUGGAAAAGGAUUUUCCCGACCUGCUAGACCAGCAAAUCGCCGUCUCCCAUCCAGAUGGGCCUCAAGAUCUCCAUCGGCGCCCCCCGCCUUGCGGAGAACUGCCCCCAGCUAUACCAUUUCUCUGCAAUCUGCAGCAUCGAUGGUCUGAGUCUCUGGCCUGGAUUGCUAGAUGACAAAAGUCCUAAUUGCCAAACAGAGCAUUCCAAGUGUUUACAGCCAAUCCGGUCUCUUCUCUGUCUUUCAAGAUCACUGGGACAGACAGUUUAAAUCUUAACUUCCCAUCAGUCUUCAGUGUUUUUAAUCUAUGGAAUAAUUAUCUUCCUGUAUUUUGAUUUCUUAGAUCAGAAUUUUUUGAUGCCAUCUUCAUUAAUUUGCCAAUAUGAUUUAAGUUGAAACAGUGUACUAUAUUGUAUAUUCUAACUUUCUUGCAAGUGGCAGAAAACAAGGUUAUGUGCAUGGCUAUGUGUUUGUAGGUGCAUGUGUUGAAAUAGGAAGUAUCCUAGUAUGUACUUCGAUAGGAAACCAUUCUGUGCUAGUGUUGACUUUGAAAUUAUAAUAUGUAUACCUAUAUAUUCUUUGUGUUUAUUUAAAAUUUUUGAAAAUAUACAGUACUAUUUCUAUUUUGUAUACCUUUUAAUAGGUAUCCACUUAAGGCAUUUGAGGCACAUAUAUAAACUAACCACUUUCGUGGUCCCAACUACAUUAAAAAAUAAGAAUUAUACACAUUAAUAACACUUGGUAGAUUUCUAUAUACAACUCAUAAAUAGUUUCUUAACCAAUGUAAGGAUGGACUAAUACCAUUGAUCUUCUUGUUUAUUCUCUUAAAUAAAUAAAAUUGUCACAGGUUUAAUAGACCAGCCUUCUAAAGCAAACAUAAAAUGUUCACAAAAUCUUUUGUAUGUCAUUUGGUAGUCUAUUAUGGCUUUAACCAUAUACUUGAUCCCCAGAGCCAUAUCAUGAGACUGCCUUAGAAAUAACAGAACUUAAAAAUGAACUUAUUUUAUCAACUUCAAUGACAAAUAAUCCUUAAAUAGGAUAUGAAAAUAAAUUCAGUUAUGUUAAAUUCUACUUUUUUGUUAAAUUGUAGUAAGCUGUUAGUUAAGCUCCUUUAUUUGAAGUCAUAUUUAGAGGUAAGUCAUUUCCUUUUUCUUUUUUCUAACUUUCUCUAAAAUUAGUAGGUGAAAAAUUAAUUCACUUUUUUAUUAACAGGGAAGAUUAGAAAUGAUAUUUCACUGAGAGCUGAAUUAUAAUAUAUUUCUUAUAGAGUGCUACAUUUUUUAAAAAAGCCUUAAACUAAACUUUGGCAUCCAUGAGUAGCAUAAGGAACAGAAAUGUGUAUUUUGGCCACAGUUUACAUACAGUGAACAUGUAAGAUCUAUGUUGAGAACUGAAAGAAGUAUGAAUGUUGAGGUGGUUGGAAUUCUACAUGGACAAUCGUAGAGCAACUUCGCUCUCUAUUGUCUCUCUAUAAAACCAACUUUGUUAUUAUA